AUGAGCUUCUGUUUUCCUAUCAACCAGUUAAGAUCCUUCAGCCCACUAAACGUAUCAUUUUGUCGCAAAUCGCCAGCCUGUUCGACCCUCUGGGUUUGCUCGCUCCAAUUCUCCAAGGUGGACUGGGAUGAAACUCCCCCUGGUGAGUUGAUUGAUGAUUGGAUAGUUUUAGCACAGAAUCUGUUCGCUCUCAAUUCAUUUCAGAUACCACGAAGAGUCGUCUACGCUCGAAGCCUUACACGACUCUACCUGCACGGCUACAGUGACGCUUCCGAGAAGGCAGUGGGUGCCUGCAUAUACAUUCGAUCCGUCGACGAAGAUGGCAACCAUUCAUCGCAUCUUCUUUGUGCAAAAUCGAAAACAGCACCGAUCGGGAAAGGUCGGUCGACCAUACCUCGCUUGGAGUUAAAUGCUGCGGUGAUCUUGGCACGUCUAAUCAGCAAUGUUACUGCAGCUUUGGCAAAACAGUUUCACGAAAUUCGAGCCUACGGUGAUUCCCAGGUAGCAUUGGCAUGGAUAUCUGGCGGAGCGUCUAGAUGGAAAACAUAUGUUGGAAAUCGCGUAGCCGAAAUCGCAACUCUCUUGCCGUCGAUCAACUGGUAUCACGUUGGCACCCACGACAACCCUGCAGAUAUAAUAUCGCGAGGUGCUCUUCCGGUUAAUUUGAAAACGAAUGCUCUUUGGUGGCAUGGUCCAAAUUGGCAGCAUUCAUCACCACAUCGAGAUCUAAACGAUGCACAAAGGCAACAAGUAGACCGUGAACGAAAAUCUGUGGCAGUCGGUCUCAUGGUCGCAUAUCAAAACUAUUUUUUAAAUGAGAUGUUAACUCGUUACUACCCAAACAAACAAAUGUUGCUACGUGUCACUGCUCGUCUUUUGAGAUUCGAUUCCCGUGGACCUGAACGUCUAACAUCUGCAGAGUUGGAUAAGGCUCUUUUAAUAUAUGUAUCGCACACACAGAAAUCUCACUUCUCGAAUGACAUCAACCGUUCGAAAGAAGGAAAAAUUGUGUCUAGCGGAAGUUCUAUUCGUUUACUCGAUCCUUAUUUGAAUGCAGACGGGCUUCUCAGGGUGGGCGGCCGUAUCCGUCAAUCAGAGCUAAAUUAUGAUACAAAACAUCAGCUACUGCUACCUCGGCGUUCUAUAUUCACUUGUCUAAUAUUAUAUGACGCUCAACAACUUUCUUUGCGGACCGCAAACUUUGCUAGCAAUUUCUCGUCAACGUUUUUGGAUACCGUAUGGGACAAGUGCGGCUCGUAA